AUGUCGAGCGGCAGUGAGAUGCAACACCUUCUGCCGGACGUUGCCAGCCGCCGGAGCUCGCGGACUUUCGUCGCUGACCAGAAUGAUUCGAAAUCCGAGCAACUGCUCCAGCUCAUUCUGGAGGAGUUGGAAUCACACAACAAGCCCCAGAUGCCUCCAGAAGUCCCCCGAAACGAGACAAGGGAUUUUGCUUCGGUGCAGUCCAAAAUAGCUCGAGCCACGACCAGCAGCAGCGCCGAUUCCUUGAUGUCUCCCACAGGCUCACCCGAAGAUAAAUUCUACGAGAAACUCUUCGGAGGGGUCGUUGCCUUUGCAGCCUUUGGAGGGUCCAUCACAUUUCAGUGCAUUUUUCAAGCCGUACCGGACACGACCGAGAACCCAGAGGUAACACCGGAACAUGCGCGGACAUUUAUCGCAAUCAGCUGGUUGCUUUUCACGAUGGAUUUGAGCCUAGCCAGCGUCUUGCUUGCCGCAAUGUACGUGCACAAAGCGUGGCACAGAAGACACCAGCUCGAACCAGAGACGCAGUGGACCCGGUUUCGAUUCGAUGUUUUCCGUUAUGUAAACCUCAUUGCGGCUCUCGUUCUGCCUUUGGGAUCCCUAAUUGCGUUGAUGUUUACAGCACUUGCUGUGUCAGUCUUUUCAAGCAAUGUGGGCUGGGCGGCAUUGGUGUCGGUCAUUGUUCUAGCGGGCGCCAUCGCAAUUUUGUGGGUUGGCUUCUGUGUCAGGGAAUACCGCACCAGACACAGCAGAAAGAGGAGAGGACAAGAUUCCGCUGCAUGA